AUGGAGCCUGGAUUCGAUGGUCUUAAUGAUAACCAACACCUGCUGGUUGAGCAAACCACGAGAUAUCAGGAAAAUGUAACUCCACCAUUAGAUGUUGUCCUGAUGCUCCCAGUUUGCCAGAUCAAUGAUUUAAUAAGCAAGUGGUGGAAGAUACGAACAGAGAAAAAUAUCUUAGACAGUACAAUAAGUGACAUUGACGAUGAUCCUCUCAAGAGUUCUUACUCAUACGAGACUGAAGAGGGUGGGGAUGACAGAGACGGUGCUCUAACAUCUUGUGUUGGUACUCGCUGGUUCAGAGCGCCAGAACUACUCUAUGGAUCGACGUACUAUGGAAUGGAGGUAGAUUUGUCGUCAUUGGGUUGCAUUUUCUCAGAGCUUCUAACCCUUGAACCUUUUUUUCCUGGGAUUUCUGACAUCGAUCAGCUCGGCAGAAUCAUCAAUUUUCUUGGAAAAUUGACUGAAGAAAUCUGGCCAAGCUGUUCUAAACUUCCUGAUUACAAAAUAAUUUCUUUCACCAAGAUCGAAAAUCCGAUCAGUUUAGGAGCCUGCCUACCCAAUAGGCCACCAGAUGAAAUCUCCAUUGUGAAAAGACUUGUUUGUUAUAACCCAGCUAAUAGAGCUACUGCAAUGGAGCUGCUGAAUGACAAGUAUUUCAAUGAAGAACCUCUGCCACUUCCCAUUUCUGAGCUGCAUGUAUCUCUUGCAAUGAAUGGCCAUGAUGAGGAUUCACCAGGCGGGUGGAAUGAUUAUGAUGACAUGGGAUCCGAGACUGAUUCCGGUGACUUUGGGCAGCCAUUUUAA